CGUAAUACCGCUUUGACUCCGCGAUAACGGGGCGAAGCGGGGCGAAGCGAAUACGAAACUACGAAAGCAGAAGAAAAAAGCCUGUUGCGCUUUCGAUUGUGGGUUGCCGAGAUAGGGAUUUCGUUCGACUUGGGACCGAAUCGCGACGUCGAAUCGAACGAGGAAGAUUCGAAGCGUGGAUCGGACAAGGCGGCGGUUGGACAGGGCGUCCGAAUUGUACGGCCGAAACUGUGGGCGUGACCUAGUGGUGUGAACGGUUGAGGAUGUCGGAGGCGGCCCAGGAGGCGGACGGGGGUGGCACGGGCUCGCGGCUCGGCUGUCGGACACCCUAUCGACAGCUGAGCAGCCAGAUCGUGUCCAAGGACGAGAUCGCCGAGGAAAUCGCGAACCGCUUCAAGAAGAGCGCCGCAGACACCACCAGGCCGUUCGUGGACAAGCGGGUUCUUCAGGAGGCGCUGCUGGCGCUCAAGUUUGACGCGCAGUUCGUCCGCAAGAUUGACCCCAGCAACGAGGACUUCCUCAGGACGCACGCAGACAAGCGCAAGGGUGAGGGGGCGGCGGUCGAGGGCGAGAACGGCGGCGGCCGCCCCGGCCAUCGCCUCGAUCCCAAGCUCGAGAAGGAACUUGCCCUGAAGCAGCUAAGCGAGCUGCCCACCCUGAAGCGCCGCAAGAAGAACGACGCCGCCCCCGAGCAGCCCCCCGCCCCCAGCGUGUUUAACGAGAAGGUGCUGCAAAACCUGAAGAGGUCGGUGCAGCGAUCGGCGCGCCACUCGGCCCUGCUGCUGAAGCCACAAGACCUGCAGUCAGCCCUGGAGCGGCUCGGGGCCCCCGUGGGCCUCGAGGGGCCCGCAGACGCCCUCGAGGCCGCCCCCGAGGAGGCGUGUCUCUUCCGGCCAACCGCCUCCAGGAUCAUCCGCCGCCACUCGACCAGCGACGACGACUCGGACCCCGACGACCCGAAACCUCCCUCCCCCCUCGCAGGGGCAACUGAGGCGUCGGCGGAAGCGACGACCCCGGCAGAAACAGGGGCAGAGCCGGAGGAGGGGAAGGUGGAGGGGGUGCGGGUGAUGCGGAGCCGCGUGCAGCGGACGUACCCCUCCAAGCGGCGGCCCCCGACGGCCUCCGGGGGCGGCGAUGACGGCCGCCGCACCUACCUCUCACCGGUCAUGAAAAAGCAGCUGGGCCGCCUGUGAGGUCCGCUGGGGGGCCCAGACGGACCCCAAGGAACCCAAAGACUCAAUCGCUUGUUUUCAGUGUUUUUCCUUCUUUUCUCCGAGAGAGGCGCCCGUUUUUAUUCAUUUACCUAUUUUUGUCCUGUGUACAAAGUUUGCAAAGUGUCAAGUCGAGAGGCAAAAAGUUGAUUGUUUUUAAGGAAUAAAUAGUAAUAUUAUCAUAAAGUUUAAAUUUUAA